UAUAACCAAACAUUAUGCCGCAAAUAAAAUUGUAAGCGCGUAUACAAGUCUUGGACAUGGUUAUCAGGUAUAUGUGCUCGCAAGUAUCUCGUAAAAUUAGUUGAGGUGCGCACCAGCUGUCUCGAAUACCAUAGCUAUAAAAAAAAAAAAAAAAAAAAAAGCACAGUGGUGUCGCAAGCUAGGAGAAACUUCAGAUUUGCAUCCAAAACUAGAUUAUCUUUUGCCUUACUGAGGCAACAACCUUUUGCUAUUUAGGCACCUCCAAUUGCUUGCAGUUUCUAGCUACCUAAUGCCUCCUUUCUCAAGUCUCUUAUAUUCCUCUAAAUUAAAACUCAAUAAACCUGUAUUCUAAUGCAAGAAAGCUACGAUUCUGUUCCCUCCUUAACUUUAUCAUAACUUAUAUUAUAUAUACACAUUACAUGCAGCUACGAAUGAUUGCUUCCUCUUCACAGCUUACAUUUCAAGUGCUUCUCUUCUUUGACAAACACUCUCAUAGAAAUCAAGAAGGAAGAACAAGUAUACAAAAUCUAUUGAAGAAGUAGCUAUGACAGUUUCUUGCUGUUUCCUCUUUUGUCUUCUGAUAUUUUCAGGUACAAGCAUUGCAGACAAGCCUCCCACAGAAGCCAUCAGGAAAAUUAAAAAACUAGCAUUCCAAGAAGAGGACAUUGCCAUUUCACCUUCCAUGUAUUCUAACCAGCUAGAUGUUCCCAUUAUUAAUCCAACAACCCCAGGUUCAACAAAUCCAAACCCGAAUCCUAGUCCAGACCCAACGAUGGAUAGUCCCCCGUCACCAUCUACCACACAGCCGAUCACAAAUCCUAGCCCAUACACGAAUCCCAACCCGAACCCAAGCCCAUACAUGAAUCCUAACCCGAACCCAAGCCCGAACAUGAAUCCAAACCCAAGCCCGAGCACGAAUCCAAACCCAAACCCAAGCCCGAGCACGAAUCCAAACCCAAACCCAAGCCCGAGCACGGAUCCAAACCCGAACCCAAGCCCGAGCACAAAUCCUAACCCAAACCCAAAUCCGGGCAACAAUCCGGGGCCAUCUACUGGGGGUACUUGGUGUGUAGCCAGCUCCUCUGCUUCACCAACUGCUCUUCAAACAGCACUGGACUAUGCUUGUGGCUUUGGAGGUGCAGAUUGUUCAACUAUUCAGUCUGGAGGAAGCUGCUAUAAUCCAAACACAAUUAAAGACCAUGCUUCUUAUGCUUUCAAUGACUACUACCAAAAAAAUCCAGCUCCCACAAGCUGUGAUUUCGGAGGAACAGCACAAAUUACUAAUACUGAUCCAAGCUCUGGCAGUUGUCACUAUGCAUCAUCAAAAUCAACCCCCACCACACCCCCUACCAUGCCACCUCCAACUCCUCCUAGCACAAUGACGCCAGUAAAUCCCUACACACCAGGUGGACCUCCGAGUGGUUUUGGUUCAGAACCAACAGAUUAUGGUUUAGAACCAACGGGCAGUCCCAAUGGAGCAGAUAACUUAUCAAGCAACCUCCAGUUUAUCUUCGCCGUGGCCUCUUUCAUGGUGGCAGUUACAGCAACUCAUUUCUAAACAUAUUGGGCAAGCAUUGUUCACUGGGGCUGCAAGAAGACAACACUAGUUGUCUCCAUACUUCCAUUGAUUCUAAAGAGGCACAAUCAUCAUGAGAUAUGAAAAUUCCCAUGGCAUUCAACACAUGAAACUUGUUAUACUUCUUCAUCCAUUUGUGGCUUUUAGUCCAAGUAGGAAGCCAGUAUGUAGUGACGAACAGCAUCUUAAUGUAGCCAAUUCUCUAUUAAGAUAUUUCUGCAGUUAAUAAUAUUUUAGAUACGAUAUCUCGUUUAGGAAUUUCAAUGAAGAGUCAAUGUACAAAAUUCGGGAACUGAUCCAUCGACAGGAGACUGCUAAUAAGAUCUGCUAUUCA